GCGUGCGGUUUGAGAGCUCAGUAGGCCGUCGUUCGUGGUUGAGUUCAUAUUAACGUUGAGUGCAUAUGAUAGUAUUCAUUGGCUGUUAAAUUCAAAAUAGCUGUGUUGAGCGUUGUCUAAGCAGCGUCUCGUUAGCGUUAACAAAAUAAAAGUAACAACCACUUGCUCCGGACAUUGAAGUCAAUAUUGUUAAAACGGUUAACAUGCAAACAGUAAUUAAGAAUCCCAACUGGUGGCGACGACGCACCAAGUUGGAAAGGAGCCUGGUCAUUGGGAUUAUCGUUUUGUUCCUGAUCGCCGCUACGGGCUACGGUCUAUGGAUUUUUGAUGCACUCAAGGCGAAAAAUGGAGACUCCAAUCCGCCAAUGGCGCCACCACAAGCAACCGCUUUGCAUAGCGAUGGCACCACUAUGAACAAGUUGCCAGUUACGACCACCAAGGGAAAAUCGGAUACGGAUAACAUUUGCCUCAGCAAAGAGUGCAUCUUUACUGCCUCCAAGGUGCUUAGCAAGAUUAAGCAGGAGGUUGAACCUUGCGACAAUUUCUAUGAGUUCGCCUGCGGAUCAUACCUUGAGGAGGAGAACAUUCCCGAUGAUAAGGUGUCCAUUAGUACGUUCAGCGUCAUCUCGGACAAGUUGCAGGAGCAGCUGAAGGACAUUAUCACAGCCGAUCGACCUGACACAGAACCCAAGCAUUUCCGUCUGCCCAACUUGCUCUAUAAGGCUUGCAUGAAUAAGACUCUGAUUGAAUCUCUGGGCUCCAUGCCAAUUGCCAAGAUUGCGAAAAGCUUAGGCGGCUGGCCAUUGAUCGAGGGGGACAACUGGAAUGCGGACAACACCUGGACUUGGCAGGAGCAGGUCAAGAAAUUCCGGGCUGCCGGCUUCAGCAUGGACUACAUUAUUGAUUUCUCCAUUGGUGUUGAUCUGCAGAAUAGCACCAAACGCAUCAUGGAUCUGGAUCAAUCCGCAUUGGCGCUCAGUCGAGAGUAUCUAGUGAAGGGCUUCAAUGAGACGCUGGUCAGCGCUUACUAUGAAUACAUGGUGGAUAUUGCGGUACUCUUUGGCGCCAAGAAGGAUCAGGCUAAGGAGCAGCUGCUCCAAUCUCUCGAAUUUGAAAUGGCACUAGCCAACAUCUCCUGGCCCAAUGAGAAGCGUCGUAACUCCUCGGAGCUGUUCAAUCCCCGUACCCCAAAGCAGCUGCAGGCCGCCUAUCCAUAUGUUCAGUGGGUGGACUACAUGAAUGCCUUGUUGCCAGACGGCCUCAACGUGGAGGAGGAUGAGAUAAUCAAUUUGACCGUGCCGCCGUUCUUUGAGCAACUGGGCAAGUUGCUGGAGAAGACGCCAAAUCGUGUGAUCGCCAACUACAUGAUGUGGCGCAUUCACGCCUUCUCCAUUGGCUUCCUCAGCGAGGAAUUCCGUAAGCGGCAACUGCAGUAUGCCACCGCCUUGUCAGGUCGGCAGGAGCAGGAGGCGCGCUGGAAGGAGUGCGUCGAUAUCGCAUCUGGCAGUGACUUUGAGGAACUUGAAGCAGAUCCUGAUAGCCUUGGCAUAUCGGUGGGCUCACUCUAUGUGCGCAAGCAUUUCCAUCAGGACUCGAAAGUGGAAGCCUUGGAAAUGGUUAAUAAUAUACGGAGUGUGUUCAACGAUAUUCUCGAUGAGGUUAACUGGAUGGACGACAAGACCAAAAAGGAGGCCAAAGAGAAGCUGCACAGCAUGGCCACACACAUUGGCUAUCCCGACGAGAUGCUCGACAAUGAUAAGCUGGCCAAGUACUUUGACAAACUGGAUAUCAAUCCCGAUAAGUACUUUGAAUCCUUUUUGGCCAUGAACAUCUUUGGCACGGACUACUCAUUUAACAAGCUGCGUUUGCCUGUCAACAAAACCGAUUGGGUUCGUCAUGCCCGCCCAGCUGUUGUGAAUGCCUUCUAUUCAUCCUUGGAAAACAGCAUACAGUUCCCGGCUGGCAUACUCCAGGGUCACUUCUUCAGUGCUCAACGUCCCAAGUACAUGAAUUUUGGAGCAAUUGGUUACGUGAUCGGUCAUGAAAUUACCCACGGAUUCGACGAUCAAGGUCGUCAGUUUGAUGUAAAGGGUAACCUGCGGGAUUGGUGGCAACCAGACACACAGAAGGCGUACCUGAAGAAGGCUCAAUGUAUUAUUGAUCAAUAUGGAAACUACACGGAAAGUGCCACAGGCUUGCAUUUGAACGGCAUUAAUACUCAGGGCGAGAAUAUCGCCGAUAAUGGUGGCGUCAAGGAAUCCUAUAUCGCCUAUCAACGCUGGGUUGAAAAGCACGGGCCGGAACCGAAAUUGCCUGGCCUGGACUAUACACCUCAGCAAAUGUUCUGGAUCUCGGCCGGCCAGACUUGGUGUGCCAAAUACCGAAAGGAAUCUCUUAAAAUGAGAAUUACCACAGGCGUACAUUCGCCCUCGGAGUUCCGUGUGUUGGGCUCGCUGAGCAAUAUGAAGGACUUUGCCAAGGACUUCCAAUGCCCAGAAGGCUCGCCAAUGAAUCCCGUGCAAAAAUGUGAAGUGUGGUAGAGACUAAAUGUUGUACGGUUGUAAUUUCAUUGAAUAUGUAUUCGUUAGAGUGUGUGUGUCUACGUAGUACAUUAAAAUGUAUUUUAGAUAAUCGACAAAGACAUGUUAACGAUCAAGCCCGGAAUCUAAGGGCCUAUCUCACGUAGAAAUACCAUUACUAUCCCUAGCGUAUGUAUGCUAAGUGAGCAGCAUAUUAUAAGGCAUUAAUUUAAUAAAGUUUGUUUUUAUGUACCAGUA